AUGAUGUUCGAUUUCGACACAUUACCAACUGAAAUUUUCUUUGAAAUUUUCGACUAUUUAACUGUAUAUGAUCUCUUCUAUUCAUGGAUAAAUCUAAAUACUCGAAUUAAUCAUAUCGUACGAUUAUACCCGAUCAGAUUAGAUUUUCAACGAAUAUCUCGUUCGAAAUUUGAUUUCAUUUGCCGAUAUCUUAAACCAACACAAGUUAUCUCGAUAAGUUUUUCUGAAGAAAUCAUGCCGAAUCAGGUGGAAUUAUUUCAAAACUCGUUCCCGUAUUUGCAUCAUAAAUUUCUUUCUUUAAAACAAAUUCAAUAUAUCAAUACUUCAACCAUUCUACCUCAUUUACCCAUCUAUCUUUCGUCUUUGUCCAUCAAGACAUAUUUAAAAACUCCGAAUACCAAUCAUCUCAUCAGUCAAGUCCUUCAUCAACAAGCCGAACAUCUGACUUCAUUACAUGUCGAUGGAUCAUAUGCACUUCGCUCAAUAACAACAACAUUUCCUAAGUUGACACAUUUGACCAUUGACUAUUGCAGUAUUACAGAAUUUCAUCAGAUUAUCGAUUUAAUUCAAUCAUCCUUGGUUUACUUAAAACUAUAUCUUGUCAAGAAUGAUCACACAAAGAUCUUGAAUUUGCAAUCGAUGGCAUACACUCUUCGAUAUUUAGCCUUAUCAUUCUCGGAAGAGAUAAUCAUGUCGUUCGAAUCGGUCGUUCAAUCUAUUGAACAAUUAACCAAUCUGAAAUAUUUCACUAUCGAAGCAACCGGUACAUUAGAUCUCAUGAAUGGCUUUCUCUGGGAGUCAUAUAUAAAACGCAGUGGACUUCAAAAACUGAAUUUCAAGUUUCUUCUCGCUAAUUUUUUAGCCUGUGAUGAAGAUAAGCAUUCCUUGCUAGAAACCUUCCGUUCAAAAUUCUGGCUUGAAGACAAACAGUGGUAUGUAGCAUGUGAAAAGGGCAAUUUAAAAGCGAGUCGUCCAAUCAUCUACUCCCUUCCGUAUUUCCAACCGUCAUUAAUUUUCUAUCCAUCUAAUCAUUUUCUUUGCCUUUCUAAACCAAACUUAGAAGUUUUUCGUUUUCAUCGAAUGUCAAACUUGAUUUUAACCUUUGUGAAAACCGUUCAGCUACCAAUUCGACGAUUCGAGAAUGUUUAUACAUUGACUUUAUUCACACCGAUGUUGCCAUCGACGGAACUUCUUCAAUCGAUCGUCAACCUUCAACAAGUUCGACAACUUGAUAUUUCAUUGCUGAAAAAUCCUGCUAACGAUGAUCUACAAGUGUUAAUUCAUUCUAUGACAAACUUAAAAUGUAUCAAAAUGCAAUAUGAUCCAUCGUUUAUUCCUCCUGAGCAUAUUGAUUCGUAUAUAUUCGUCCAAAGAGAUCGAGAAAUCUUCGUUUUGAGUGCAAAUAUUAUCGAACGAUUUUGCCAUUUAUUUGUACAUAUCAAAUGUUUAGAAAUAACUGUGCAAUCGAAAGAAAUUAUGAUUCGUCUAUUGAACCAUCUGAUCAACUUAGAAUAUGUGAAAAUUUACUGUUAUCUAGAUCGUUUGACUACUAUUAAAUCUCAUUGGUUAAAGAACAACAUUCCACGAUUAGAAACAGCUCAUUUUACCUAUCGAGUCACGUCUACCUGUAUCAUAUUAUCCAUUGGUGGACCGGAAAUAAUGGAUGAGAGUUCAAUGCCAAAAGAUCUGAACGAUGGUCCAAGGACUAAUGUCAGUAUCACGACGGUAGCGCUCGAAUGGAAAUCUACGUUGGAAAUGGCAGGACGAUAUGCCUACUACCUUCAAAAGCCUGAUCAAAAGAACGAUGAUUAUUUAUGUCAAUGUAACAUCGACGCAAAAUCGUUUGGAAAAUAUUGUGAAUAUUUACUGCCAACAGGUUCGACAUUUUCGACAUUGGUGCGAGAGCAAAUGAAAGUCAAGGAAGCGAAUGAAGAAGAAGUUCAGAAAUACAGUGAUGUUAUAUGUUACAAAACAAUUGAAUGCAAUUCUGGUUUGUUAUGUCUUGACUGGCGUGAUAUAUGUGAUGGCAUUCAGCAAUGUAUGUUUGGAUACGACGAAGAGAACUGCGAUAAAUUAGAGUUUAAUGAGUGUGAAGCGAAUGAAUAUCGUUGUAUGAAUGGUAUGUGCAUUCCGAAUGAAUAUUUUCUUGAUGGAGAAUAUGAUUGUAUGGACUUAUCGGAUGAAAAAGGAAUGUUUGAUGAUCAAAGUUGUACAUUCCAACAGAUAAGUUUACAAUGCGAUGAACGAUUGUGUUUACCAAAUUAUUGGUCAUGUGGCGAUGGACAAUGUAUUCCGGAUCGAUUUAAUUUUCAAAAAUCAUCAACGAUAACAGCAACAUGUCGAAAUCGACGUAAUCAGUAUUUCAUGUGUGAAAUUCAUUCGAAAAUGUCCAUGUGGACCAUGCCGAAUGGCAAAUGUUAUGGAGGAUCAGAUUAUAUCGAAGAUCCCAAACUUGAUCAAUGUGAUUAUUUUGUCCGAUGUUCAUUCUUAUCAGGAACGCUAGCAAAUUGUCAUUGUGGAUCAGGUCAUGGCUACUGUUACAGUACCGCAAACGAUUCUUGCUUAGAUGCUCACAUUCGAUAUCCGAACGGUUCAAUCAUUGGUCCGUUUCUAACAUUUAUUUAUGAAAAGACACGUGAUUGGACAGUCUCUAGGCCAGAUUUAAUGCAAAUUAAUGCUACGAUCAAAUGCCGAGGAUAUAUGGUCCAUUAUGAAACCACUCAAGAAUAUGUGAACGGUUUUAAUUUUCGCCAAUUUGAAGACGAGGCAUGUCAAAAGGGAAAGAAGCUGGUUAUUUCAUCCAAAUCCGGUUAUGAUAUCAAUUGUUACCGUAAUUCACAAACGUUCAACCAUCGAUCGUACAAUUUCAUCGAUGUUUGUCAACAGUCACGAGAAUGUAUUUCGGCGUAUCGAAUACAAGAUGGAUUUACGAAUUGCCUGGAUGGAAAUGACGAAAAGCAAACGAAAGGAACUUUUAAUACAUGCUCAAGUCUUCAACAUCAUCGUUUCCAAUGUUCAGCAAAUCAAUCAACUUGUCUUUCACCGAUCAGUCUGGGCAAUCUCGAUGUCGAUUGUGACAAUCGCUUUGACGAAUCAUGGUUCGGCACAGAUAUAACUCUCGCGAAAUUAUUAUGCAAGCGCAAUUCAAAAGAUGAUUGUCUACUCAUCCGACAGUAUAUUGAACGAUCGUGGAGUUUUGACAAGGAUUCUGUUCAGAAUAUGAAUGCAACAAAAACGAUCCCAUUUCGCGCAUAUUGUGAUAGUUUUUGGGACUUUUCCUCGAAAAAAGAUGAAGAUACGCACUUAUGUCGAGCAUGGUGGAAGUGUUUAGAAAAUCAAUGGCAAUGUCGAACAGGUCAAUGUAUCGAUCGAAAAUGGGUUCUAGAUAACGAAUGGGAUUGCUCGGAUGCAUCGGAUGAAGAAGGCAUUCUUUUCCCGAAUAAUACCUUUUCAUCUCGAAAUGAACAAUUAAUCAGUGCAGAAAGCAUUAUUCAGAAAUUCAAGCAUGAAUAUGAGAAGGCACCAUUGAUGUCAUUGUGUGAUCAUGUCACGGAAUUUCCAUGCUUUCGAAUCAAUUCUUCGGAUCCAUUAGGUAAUAUCAACGGUUCCAACCGGCCGUGCAUUCCUCUAGAAAAAGUUGGCGAUGGUCAUAUCGAUUGUCUAGGUGCACUAGAUGAACAAAAUACCGAAGAGUUCUGUCGUCGAACGACCAUGCUUGGCAAGAAUUUUAAGUGUUUGUCAAGUAAUACCUGCCUAUCCUAUUCCUCAGUUUGUGAUAUACGUUGUCCGAAUCAAUCCGAUGAUCGUACAGUUUGCUACGGUGAAAUGCGCUUGCCAAAUUGUUCACAUCCUCGGAUCGACUUCACAUGCUUUGAUGGUCAGUGUGCAACGGGCGGUUGGUGCGACUCGGAACCAGAUUGUACACAUAGUGAAGAUGAGUAUUUAUGUGGUCACGAAAAAAUCCUUACGAAAACGCCUCGCGAAUCUAUACACCGACGAAAUAAAGAGAUCACUGUCGAUUAUCGAGAUGAACCUUUUCAACUACCACAAAUUCCUGCACAUGUGAACAAAACUAAAAGGAUCGAAUCGCCAUCGACAAAGACAAUCGAAUCCUCAGAUAGAACCAUUCUCGAAGAUCCCUCAACUUCAUUAGUAUCCUAUCAAUGCAAUCGAGGUGUUGGUGUAUUUACACUUAAGAGUUUCGUUGUUUGUUUUUGUCCGCAACAAUAUUAUGGCGAUCGCUGUCAGUACCACAACGAUCGAAUAACAGUAAUGUUACAUAUGAAUUUUUCUCAGUCAAUCUACGUCCAAUCGAAUGAUGCAUCACUCCUACUCAAGAUGCUCGUUCUAUUCAUUUUCAAAGAUGAAGUCCUCAGUUCGUAUGAAUUUCACGCUCGACCAGCAGUGGAAUUAACAACGUACUACAAAAAGAUCGAUCAUGUUGUCUAUUCCCAUUCCAAUCAAUCAAUGCUAUACAAACGAUCACGCUACUUGGAUCGUUCGAAUAUAACUCUUCAACACCCAUAUGCAGUCCGAAUCGAAGUAUUUCAUGUGAAACCAGAUGAAAAGCCAUCUCUGAUAGCUGUGUGGCAAUAUCCAAUCUACUUCGAUUUUCUUCCAUCGUAUCGAUUUGCAAAAGUUCUUCAUUUAACAGUACCUCAAACAGUGGGAAAUCCGUGUUCAAGUAGUCCGUGUGGAAAACACCGCAUAUGUCAGCAAAUUCUGAAUGACAAGUCGAACUAUGUCUGCCUUUGUCCGGAAAAUUUCCACGGAUCAAAUUGUUCAAUCUUAGAUCAAACAUGCAAGAAUGGUUAUUGCGCGAAAGAUGCAUUAUGUAAACCAGCUUAUCGAGGUUCAUUAAACCGAAAUGAACUUCCGUAUUGUGUAUGUCCGAAAGGUAUGUACGGUUUUCGUUGUGCCCUGAAACAAGACCAAUGCGACUCGAAUCCUUGUCGAAAUAAUGGAACAUGUAUUCAGGCAGCUACACCCGGCCAGUAUUAUUGUGUUUGUGGUCAACAUUAUCAAGGUACAUAUUGCGAGAAUGAACGCGAUGUCGUUCGUUUGUACGUGAACAAAAGCAUUGAGCACCAAGCUGCUGUGAUACAAUAUUUCAGUAUUGAUUAUACAAAUCUGAAAUUUGUUCUCGAUGAUCAACAGUUAUUCAAGCAACUUCCACCAUCGACAUUCUAUCGACAUGAACAGAAAAGGAAACUCUCGGAAAUUAUUCUAAUCAGAUUGUACAGAGAGUUACAAGCAUCGAUGCAUUUGAUUUCAGUUUAUAUCGAUUCUACAUCAUUCAAUGCGACAAUCGAAGCUACGGAAAUGAAUCAAUGCCAACAUGUGGAUAAACUAUUUCCACCGGACGAAGAAAUCUCCCCUAUCAAAUACCAUUUUCUUUGUACAAAUGGAACGGAUUUAUUGUGUUUCUAUGAUAUGAACUACUUAUGUAUUUGCGAUGAGAAUCACACGCAUACCGAGUGCUUUGAAUACGAUCAUUCAUUGGAUCGAUGUUUCAAUUGUCUUUCUGGUGGCAAGUGUAUUCAAGGCAAUCGUUUGAAAUCAGAUGACUAUCUUUGCAUUUGUUUGCCUUGCCAUUCAGGCAAAUCUUGUCAAUUCAGUUCUAAAUCAUUUUCAUUUACACUCGAUCAAUUGUUUUCAGCUGAUCUCUUGUCGCGCAAUCGAUUCGUUCGCUAUGCAUCGAUUUAUUUAUUAACUAUUGGUUCAUUGGUGAUAUUCCUCAUUGGUUUCAUCAACAAUAUCUUUGCCUUUGCUACUUUCCGUCGACCGAAAUGUCGACGAUACGGUAGCGGACAGUAUCUUCUGUUUAUGAGUAUAAUCAAUCAAAUAAGUCUCGGCGUUUUAGCAUUACGAUUGAUUCAUUUAACAAUCAAUAUGCUCGCCCAGCAUUUUCAUCCGACUUUCAAUAACGUUUGUUGUUCCUUAUUGAAUUAUUUACUCAAAUCUUCGAGUCGACUUACAUAUUGGUUAGUAGCAUUGAUCGCGAUCGAACGUGUGUAUACUACCGUGUUUCUGAAUAAACAAUGGUUGAAAAAACCAUACAUCGCUCGUCGAUUGAUUAUUCUGACGACGAGUGGGAUACUGGUGACAAGUGCUUAUGAAUUACCGUUUGUCACUUCGCACUCUGGUUUCAAUGAUGCUAGAAGUUCAAUAUGUAUUCUAGCAUUUCCGGACCAUGAUUCUGGCUGGCUAUAUAUACAUCAAGGAGUAACAAUUAUCAAUGCAUUAGUGCCAUUUGUAAUCAAUUUAUGUUCUAUGAUAACAAUUAUGUAUGUAGUCAUUCAAAAGAAAAUGCUCGUUAGUCAAGGAAACAUCUAUUCGGUUCGAGAUGAAAACAGAACCAUGUCAUCGGUAAUACAGAAAGAUGUCAGUGGUGGUGAAGAUCGGUCUCAGACUCGACUGGAAUUAUUUCGUGAAGUUCUUUAUGAAAAUAAAGAGCUAGUCAUUGGUCCAGCUGUUACGCUUGUUCCUCAAUUAUUCUCUUUGCCUCUAUUUAUCGCUUCACUGACUCUCGCUUGUCAAACAAUUGAAACAAGUUCGAUUCGAUAUCUUAUAACCAUAUCCUAUUUCAUAACAUUUAUUCCUCAGUUAAUCAGCUUUUUUCUCUAUGUAUCUCCGUCAUCGUUGUAUUCGCAUGAAUGGCAUGCAACGGAUCUAAGCAAACGUUUGACAAUGCUCCGAUACUUUCGACGAUCGACGAAAACAGUAACCCGUGGUUCAUUCGAUCAAAUCGAAGAUAAACAUUAUACAAAAUAA